GCAUCAUUUUCUGGUAGAUUUUAAUUAUUCAGGACUGACUAGGAGAUAGAGUCGGUCCAUUGGUACCUGUGUGAGUUACCUGUACAUCAAUUAUUCACACCAAGGAACUAUUUACUUGCUUGUAUACAACAUAGAUUUCUACAACAUCUUGAGAAUAAUGUGGUGGUAUUAAUGGAUACAAAGAUGAGUUGGGUGUUUUUGUUGUUGAGUUUACUGCCCCUAGCAGUGGGACAGUUGACUGUCAGCUUACUGGAUACAGCAGUGAUGGUGAAUGAAGGAGACCAAUUUGAGUUGAGAGUUCAAAAGUCAGGGACAAUUACUCAAGUCAUCAUAGUGGCAGUGUCCUGUCCCAAUGACACUAGCAAUGAUUUUGUUGGCAGCAGUCAGGUUGGCUCCUUUUACCCUGGUGGCCCUGACAUUAUAUCUGUGACAUUUACUGUCAAUGAUGACAAUGACCCAGAAACUGAGGAAACCUUCAUCUUCGAGCUGACCGUCAUUAGCGUGGGGAUCACGGUACGCACCCAGAGAGUGGCGGCGGUAACCAUAGCAGCCAAUGACGACGCCUACGGAGUGUUCAGUUUUCUAGAUACCUCCCCCGUACUGGUGACUGAGGACACCAUCACUUCGGUUGUCAGUCUUCGUGUGGGCAGAGAAAAAGGCACAUUUGGUCAAGUCACUGUCACCUAUCUGGUGAACAGUUCUGACUCAGCAGCUGUACCAGGAGUAGACAUUACUCCCCGGACUGGAGUUAUACUGUUCCAGGGAGGGGACACACAAACUUAUCUCCAACUUCAGAUUCGAGCUGACAGUAUUCCUGAGAAUAAUGAAGAAUUUAGAGUAACAAUGACAAGUGCAACACAAGGGGCUCGAGUGACAGACACAGAAUUGAUACUUAUCAUACAGGCCAAUGAUGCUCCAAUCAGAUUUCAGCAGAGUGAGUACAGAUUUGACGAGGGUCCAGGAGAUAAGUCUGUAUCCAUUCAGGUGCUCCGCGGAAUUGACGAGGAUGGUCAAUCCAGGAUUGGAUCUGUCAACAACAUUGCCUCGGUUGACUAUUUCCUUGUGUCAGACACAGCAACAUCAGGAUUAGACUUCCGGGGAACUAAUGGACAGGUUGUUUUCUUUGCUGGAGAAACAACUGGAAAUAUCCAGUUAGAAAUUCUGGAUGAUGGUGAUCCUGAAAUGGAAGAAUCAUUUGGAAUUGUUUUAUCUGGACCCAAAGGUGAUGCCAUAACCACUUAUCCCACCAAGAUAAACAUCCGGAUUAAUGCAAAUGAUAAUCCAAAUGGAGUCCUUAGUUUUGUAUCUGCUGAUGGGAUAUCUCUCCCAAAAGUGAAAGUAAGUGAAGACCUGGGAACCGUGGCAGUAUUUCCUGUACAGAGGAAGGCAGGGACAUUUGGAACAGUUUCAGUCACAUGGCAGAUCUUCAGAAAUGACAGUACACUGGGGGACGUUAAGAGUGACAUAACCUUGACCUCUGGAAUGAUCGUGUUCCAGGCAGGUCAGACGGAGCAGAAGCUGAACAUUUCUGUGGUAAAUGACGUCAUUCCGGAGCCCGCCGAGCGGUACAUUGUCAGGCUGAUGGUGGGGACAGAGACAGGAGGUGCAAGGGUGGAGGGGAUCAUGGAGGGGGUGCUACUAGUGGAAGACAGUGACAACUAUUAUGGCUCUGUGUAUCUGGGUCCUGACUCCGAGCACAGAAUUGUAGUGUCCUCUAAUCCUCGGUAUCUACAAGUUAAUGUACAGAGGUCCAACAACAACCAAGGCGACUUAACUGUGAACCUGACUGUCUCUUACACGGGAGGGGGGAAUGUUAAUGAUGUUUUAGAGACUACAUCCAAGCAGGCAGACCUGUUUUCUGGACAGAGCAGUCUAAUGGUGAAGUUUUAUCUCCUCUCCUCAGCAUUCCUAACUGUGGGAGAUAGCUUUACAGUCAUUUUAACUGGAUACAAGUUAAAAACAGAUCCAGAUUUUGGAGCCUAUAAUUCUCCCACCCUUGGAACUAAAGUCAGUGCUAGUGUACCAGUAACCCUGACUGUAGCCAAUGGAGAGAUAGGAUUCCAGAGUAUUCAGCCAAUCACAGUUAACGAGCCAGACAACACCCCAUACACUGUUGCACUGAAGCUGACAAGGGAGGGAACCAGUGGAAGGGCUUACAUUGAUUGGUCCCUCAAAGGUUCAGGGGUCAAUGCUGCUAUGGUAACCACAUCUGACACUGGAGUCACUUCUGGCACAGCUGUUAUGGAAGCUGGAAGUUCUGCCACUUUAUUGCUUAUAACCAUCAUGCCAGACAAUGUACCAGAGUUAGAAGAAGAGAUAACUGUGACCUUGACCUCCGUCUCACCAUCAGAUACUCAAAGGUUAAAGGUUGGCUCCACCCAGACAAAAAUAAUUAUUUUGGAGAAUGACAAUCCAGGAGGUAUUUUCCAGUUUUCAUCGACCAUGAAGACGUCAUACCUUGUUCAGGAGGGACUGUCCGCCAUUGAGGUGGUAGUAGAGAGGUCAGGGGGUAACUUAAUCACCCAGUACGUCCAGUAUGAGGUCCUGCCAGGGGGGAAUUCCGAGUUCUAUGGAGCUACAAAUGUCCUCAAGUUUGACUCAGGAGUACAGUAUAGAAAUUCUACACUGUUAGCAAUAGCUGAUGGUGUCCCUGAGCUGAGAGAGAAAUUCACCUUGACUUUACUACCUUAUGGAAACUCCUCUGGAGUGAUAGGGAAUUUUUCUUCCAUAGAAAUAGAGGUGGAAGAGAAUGAUGAUCCGUAUGGCUUGAUAAAAUUCCAGCUUAAUCCAGCUAUUUAUUAUCUAAAUGAAUCCAGUAAUGGAGAGCCAGUGUCUGUUAUUAUCCCAGUGGAGCGGUCCAAGGGUAGGUUUGAUAGCAUCAUCGUGAAGUGGGACAUGAGCCCGGGAACUGGUGAGGACCUUACUCCUGUGUCUGGAACGAUCACAUUCGGAGCUCAGCAGGAUAAAGGCUUCAUCCACCUGGAGUCUGUAGCUGACAUUGUAAGUCAGGACCUACAAGUACAAACCAUCAAUGACAAUAUUCCCGAGCCUGAUGAGAACUUCACUAUCUCCCUCAGUAUAUACAGCGGUAAGGCAAGAAUAGGCUCCCCUGACCAGGCCCUGGUGGUGAUCAAAGAGAACGACCACCGCCUGUAUUUCCGAGGUAGAGUGCGGCGUGCCGCUGUGUUGUCAGGAUAUCGAUUUCUGUUUGAAAGUAAAAUGUACACCAGAGAACCAGGAAUUGUUAAGCUGAAAAUAAGAAGAGAUGGUCCGGGAACUGAGCGAGCUACAAUCAGAUAUCAAACAGUGGAUAGCUCAGCAGUGGCAAGCUCAGGAGAUUACAUCCAGAUCACAGCUCAGGAGCUGGUGUUUGAAGUUGGGGAAAUGGAGAGAGAGAUUUCAGUAGAGGUUCUAAAUGAUGAUGCUCCAGAGGGCAAUGAAACAUUCUAUGUUCAGAUAUUUGAUAUUCAAGGUGACCUGGUGCUUGGUGAUUCCCCCAAUGCCUCCAUCACUAUCCUGGCCAGUGACAAUGCUUAUGGAGUGUUCAGUUUCAACCCUCCUCUUCAGAGGUCCACCGAGGAAGGCAGUGGGGUCCAGCUCAAUAUACUAAGGAGUGCAGGGCGAUUUGGAGUUGUGGACGUAGCAUGGGAAAUUCGAGAAUCUCUAACAAACAGACUGAUGUUUGACGGAGGGGAGUUUAUUAAGGCUAAUGGAACAGUGAGAUUUAACCAGUAUGAAGUGAACCAGUUCCUUAUAGUCACUCCCAGAAUAGACUAUACUCCAGAGGAAGACAAGGAAUUCAAGGUCUUACUAACCUACACAACAAUUAUUGAUGGGAUCCCCGAUUCCAGUCUAGCGUCUGUUGCCAACACUAGCAGUGAGGUGAGACUGACCGUGGUGGCCAGUGAUGAUCCGUACGGAAAGUUCGCUUUCGCUACAGAAACAAAGUCCCUCACUGUCGCGGAGGAUUUCUAUCCUGGUCAGGAAUCCAGCACAAAAGCCACAUUUACUGUAGAGAGAAGACAGGGAAUAUUCGGCAAUGUUGAGGUACUAUGGGAGGUAUAUAGCAGUAACACUGGAAGUAAUCUGCCUAAAGUGUAUGACUUAAUACUGGUGGCUGACAUUCCCAGCAAAGUGGACAGGCAGCCGUCAAAGAGACGCCCCAAAACUGGAACCGAUGUCAUUCAUUUAACAGGGACAGAGGAUAAUUAUCUGACAGUCCCUCCCCAGUACCAGCCCAUGCCUUCAGAACUGGAGUCUGGGUUCUCUAUCAGUGCUUGGGUUCAGCCAGUUACCACAGGAAGUUACUACAUCAUGGCUAAAACCACAAACGAUGGCAUCAGGCUUUUCUACACACUAAAGCUGGUAGCAGGUGUAGAAAACAUCCUGAUAUUUGGAUAUUCUCAGCUUGGAGAAAAUACAAACAAGGAAAUCUCAAUCACAACUAAUCAGAAGUUAAUGGAUACAAAAUGGCAUCAUAUCCUGGUGACAAUAAAUUCAGGAGACGUCAAAUUUUAUCUGGAUGGACAGCUGCUUGGAUUAAAAUCUAUUGGAUCUCAGCCACUGAUUGAUACAGAUGGAGUGUUGUUGGUUGGAGCCAAAGCCCCAAACAGAGAGCGGUUCAUUGGUUAUCUCCAGGACGUCAGAAUAUACACGGCAGCACUACAGGACAGCCAGAGAAAUGAGAUAUACCAGACCCCAGCCCAGUUUGAUGUGACACCAAUAUCAGGAUAUCUGGUCUACUUGGAGGGUUACCGGGAGAAGAAUUUGACCUUGACCUCAUUACAGGACCAGGAGGAGGAAAAUGAUGAGGUUUUCUCUGUCAGUCUGCUGGGAGCCAAAAAUGGAGGAACAGUCUCCCAGAAGGAUAAUAUAGCAACGCUAACAAUUUUAAAAAGUGACAAUGCCAAUGGUGUGUUCAGUUUAUUUGGUGACUGUGCCCCAACCCACUCCACACAGGAGAAUGAAGUGGUGACCUGUACUGUGGUUCGUAACCGUGGUGAUGACGGAGCUGUCAAUGUCACAUGGUCGGUUUACCAAAGUGGGACAGCCAUUGAAGCUACCGCUGACUUCAUCAACAGCUCUGGUAUCAUCAGCUUUGAAGCUGGAGAAAGAUCCAAGGUGUUCACUGUAAUAGUAAAAGAUGAUGAUAUCCCAGAAGUUCAAGAGACCUUUGACAUUAAGUUGACCUCUGCCCUUACAGGGUCUUCUGGAUCUACUAAUACCAGUGGAGCCAGCAUUGACCUGUCGGCCUCAACAUUUCGUUUCACCAUUUUAAAAAAUGAUAAUUCUAAUGGCCUGCUUCAGUUCUCCAACUCCUCCAUACCUCCCCAGGGGACUGGCAUCAUUCUUCCUGCUACAGAGAAGCCUGUCGUUUACUUCCCUGAGGAAGCCGGACUGAUCACGGUGAUAGUGGAGAGAGCCCAGGGGACUAAAGGUCAAGUGGAGGUCGAAUGGAGAACAUCUGACCUCACAGCCAAAAGUAGUGGAAAAACACCCAUAGACUACCAAGGUAAUGCUGGAAGGCUAUCCUUCACUGAUGGAGAGCGAUACAAGGUUAUUAAUAUUGUCAUUGUGGACAACAACAUACCAGAGGACCAGAAAACCUUCAGAAUUGACCUGUUUAAUCCACAAGGUGGUGCUGAGGUCGGAGUAGGAAGUUCUGUCACCGUGGUGAUCACUCACUCAGAUGGAGCCUAUGGAGUAUUUGAGUUUGAUGAAGCCUCACUGAAUGUUCAGGCUUUGGAGAGAGAGGGCACCGGUUAUACAUCCACUGCCUUCAAGGUUAUACGUAAGCAGGGAAGAAUUGGUAAUGUGUCUGUAAGAUGGCUUCUGACAGGGAACCCUGGGAAUGAUGUGGUACAGACAGAGGGUACAGUCACCUUUCAGAGUGAGGAGGUGGAAGCUAUGUUGUAUGUGAAUGUCAGGGGGGAUUCAGUACCAGAGCUCGACAAAACUUAUCAACUUGUUCUAACUGAUGCUGCCCCAGGCAGCAUAGGAUUAAGAUCUACCAGUAACUUUACCAUUCUGGCCAAUGAUGAUCCUUAUGGAGUCUUUGAGAUAAGUGAAAACUUCAGGCCACUGCAGGUGGAUGAGCAGUACAGGAAUGUGUCUAUCACCAUCAGUAGAAACCACGGGACAUUUGGUGAGGUGGAGGUAUUCUACAGGACCCUCCUCCCUAAUGAAACAAAUCUCCCCUACCUCCCCUCUGUGUUGGCCAGGGCUGACCGUAGUGAUUUCCGUCAUGUAGAAGGCAGCCUCAUUUUCACUCAGGGUCAGAGUUCAGCCUCUUUCAAUGUUCUUGUGAUGGACGACAAUCUUCCUGAGACUGAUGAGUCUGUGUUUGUUACUUUGUCCAGGGUUCAACUUCUUAAACAAGCUCAGAGUAGAACAUUAACAAACUCACCGAGACUUGGUACAGCGGCCUGGGUGUUUGGUCAGAUCCUGAUCAGAAGUAAUGAUAAUGCCCAUGGCACCCUGGUCCUCAGUCCCCUCUCCUCCUCUGUCACAGAGAACGCCACUGAUGUGGGCGUGUCUGUACAAAGGCUGGGAGGGGCUUUUGGGGAGGUAUCUGUAAAAUUUCGCGUUGCCAACAACACAGCUCUCCAGGGUCUGGACUUUGAGGUUCUGACGGACACUGUCAUUCUCCCUGAGGGAGUGGUCUCCAGGCCCCUCCCCAUCCAACUGAUUGAUGACCAACUCCCUGAGCAGCAGGAGGUGUUUUAUGUGGAGCUGGAGAACCAGAUCACAGGAGGGGCAGUACUGGGAUCCACCUCCUAUGCAGUGGUCACAAUCCUACCCUCAGAUGACCCUAAUGGACUCUUUGAGUUUGAUGUAAGUGGAUUGAGUGUAGAAGAACCAGAGAAUGGAACUCCUGUCACUGUCACAGUCAAUGUGGUAAGAAGAGGAGGAACCAUGAAUGUGGUCACUGUCCUCUGGUCAGCGUCACUUAAUAACAUGUCCCCCUCAGAAGACAUUAACCCGACCAGUGGAGCCCUCUACUUUGUGAGUAAUGAGCCCAGGAGACAGAUCCUCAUCAGUAUCCUCCCAGAUGACAUCCCGGAGGGCCAGGAGGAUAUUGUGUUGACAUUGGUAUCAGCUAACAAUGGGAGUAUAGGAACCAACAGGAAGUUUACAAUUUCCAUACAGCCUAAUGAUAAUCCACAUGGGACAGUGCAGUUCUCCACUAACAGUUACAGUGUAACGGAACAAAAUACAAAUAGUGUGCAACAUCUGCUACUCUCAAGAAGUGGUGGUGUGUAUGGACAGUUACGGGUGUACUUUAGUACUCUCCACUUAUUUAUAGAUUCUGACACUGACCCACUGACCUAUUUUGAUCCACCAAUCAAUGGCUCAAGAGGACCUAAUGGUCAAGUGUUCAGCACUGGUUCCAGCACCAAUCCUCUUAAAGUUUGUGCAGACAACUGCCUAAUGACGUCCUCCUGUGUUGCCUUUGAGUUUUCCUCUGUUGAUAACAUCACUCUGUGUUUGUGGUUUACCACUCCGGCCACUCAGACCAUUACUCCUAGGAAUGGCUACCAGUACUUCACCAAAAAUAAUGUCAAGGUACAGGAAUUAGAGAAUAAAGCAGCUACUGCUGCUCAGGAUUUCAGUGUGGUAACCAAUGGUUACAUAAUGAUCAAUGAUGGUGCCACCUCUGGACAACUUCCUGUCAGUAUUUUAGCAGACGACAUUCCUGAGCUGGAUGAGGUGUUCCUGGUUAAGUUGACUCAGAUCGAGGUGGCCAGCGCGGGGGGCUCCAUGAAGUACCCCCCUCAGCUGGGGCAGGUCAACCAGGCCAGGGUCACCAUUAAUAAGAACGACAACGCCUACGGAAAGUUCCGCAUGGUCAGUCAGAGUCCGCACGCGUCAGAUGGAGGAACUGCUGUUGGCGUGGAGGAGAAACCCCAACUGGCUGUCGACUUGAUUGUGGAAAGACUGGGUGGAAACCUGGGACAUGUUAGUGUGGAAUGGUUUGUGAAUACAAACAUGAGUACAGCAGAGUACAACAAGGAUUUCUUAGCUGAUGGGGCCACCUUAAAAUUUACACCAGGACAGACACAAAGUUUAAUCACUGUGACUGUGUUGGAUGAUGAUUUACCAGAGGAGAAUAAAACAGUAAUUGUGCAGCUCCGUAAUCCACAAGGUGGCGCCGAGAUAGAGGUCGGCUCAAGGGUCAUAGUCACCAUCAUGGAGAAUGAUAAUGUGGCCGGGGUGCUGGGCUUUGAGAGAACAUCGUUCCUGGCAGAAGAAGGAGAAAAAGUGACAAUUCAAGUCCUGCGUACAAAGUCGACGCGGGGCUCGGUGUCUGUAGACUGGGAGAUUGUGGGUCUGAGGGGCAUUCUACCCCAGGAGGGCUUCACUAACUAUAACGGCACUCUCAUGUUCCGACCGACAGAAGUUUCAAAGACAAUAUCACUAGAUGUGAAAUCUGAUGAGAAACCUGAGGUGAAUGAAGAAUAUCAGAUAAACUUGGUCAACAUAACUACAAUUGGCAUUGGUCCCUCUGGGGCAGCUGUUGUUAACCCCCUCCUACAGACUGCCAGUAUCACAAUAAAGGGAAGUAACGACCCUCACGGGGUCAUUCAGUUCUCCCAGAGCUCCCUCAAUGUCAGGACCGAGGAGACCAACAACAAAUUACAUCUACAGGUGGACAGGAAGUUUGGAGCUAUAGGUACUGUCCGUGUGUCUUAUUCCAUAUCAAGUGGCUCCGUGACUCCGUUGUCUGAGGAGCUGACUGCUGCCAUGCCCACUGAGGACUUCAUUGCCGUACAGGGAUACGUCGACAUACCAGACCAAAACGUGUCCAUGACCAUCAGUGUACAGAUUGUGGAUGAUACACAGCCGGAGGUGGAUGAAGCCUUCAUUGUAACACUUACAGGGGUGACCUUAGUGAAUUCUACAGACACCAGUAGCAUGCCACCCAGACUAGGAAAUGAAGGUACAGUGUCAGAAAUAGUUAUCAAUGCCAAUGAUGGAACAAAAGGAGUAGUUCAAUUUGGCUCUGACUCCUACAAUGUGAAUGUUGAUGAAAUCAGGAAGAACAUCAGUCUGUCGGUGAUCAGGACUCAGGGUACGUUUGGUAAUGUGUCAGUGUUCUACUACGCUCAGAGCAUUGUGGAGGGGACAACUCAGGGACUGGACUAUACUAUAACCCCACAGGAAAUCUUCUUUGCAAAAGCGGAGAACCAGAAAUACAUUAUGUUGGAGAUUCUGAAUGAUGAUAUUCCAGAGCCGGACGAGACAUUCCAGGUGAUACUGUCUCAGCCGCGAGAUGGCGUGGAAAUCGGAGAGCCGUCUAGAGCAAAUGUCACAAUUCUGGCCAAUGAUGAAUUCAGUGGAACAGUGACAUUUAAAUCCCAGGAUAUUGUCAGGAUUGAAGAAUCUCCUGGGGAGAAUAUGACCUUGAACAUUGCACGUCUUGAGGUCAUCAGGGGACCAGGCUUCUAUGGAUUGGUCAAUGUCCCCUUUAAGGUGAUCCCUGAAAGGGCAGACAACUCUGUGGAUAUCACGCCUACAGAAGGUGUCAUUACAUUCCAAGACAAACAGGAUGCUGUGUUCUUGGAACUGACUGCACUUGAUGAUGAUUUACCGGAGCAUGACGAGAUUUUUACGGUCCGUCUGUUAGCUCCUGAUAAUUCUGCCAAGCUUGGGACACCGAUACAGAAAACUGUCAUCAUCACGGCCAAUGAUUCUCCUAGUGGACUGAUGCAGAUCAAUGUUAGACAUACAACGAAUAACACAAUAUCAGUGGAGGAAAACAUUGGUCAGAUUUUCUUUGAUGUCACAAGAUCCCAGGGUUCAGAUGGUAUGGUGACCGUUGAUAUGGCCACCCAGCCUGACACCGCAGUCAUCAACACUGACCCUAAACACGUGACUCUGUCCCCACUGGAAACAGUGAUUACCUCACAGGUCACAGGUUGGCAUAGUUUCUAUAGCAAUGACACAUUACACCUGGUGAUGCUGACAUCUUACAGAGCGGGAGAACUGAAUUCUGGGAUUGGAAGUGCAGGAAAUGACUCGUCAAUUAGUGUAGACCGCUUCCUAUACUCAACUCUGUUUAAAUGGCAGGGACAAUUGGUGCCAGUGCAAACAGUAGAAACAGAUGUUGCUAUGGCUGCCACCACAUUUUCCAUAGGGCUAUCCACCUUUCUUGUGAUUUGUAACUUUGGCAAUGUCAGAAGAUAUGAGACAAAAUCCAGACUGUACAGAGUCAACCACGACUCUUCUCUACUUGUGCUGCAGGAAUUUCUGACAAAGGGAGCUACAGACGUAGAGUACUUCAGCAGUGGCUCUGACCAUUUCCUUGUUCUGACUAACUCUCGUGACAACAAUGGUGAGACCUUGAUGAAUGUCGAUGUUUACAAAUGGGACAACGCAACCCGACUGUUUACACCAUCCCCAUGGCAACGUCUAGAGAACCAGGGAGCAUCUGCUGUAGCUGUGGUCAAAAUAGAGGGGGUGGUCUAUAUGGCUAUCGCUAACAACUACAACUCUAAACUGAAAACUUACACAGUACAUUCAGUUGUGUAUAAGUUUGGAAAUGAUCAGAAAUUCUCGGAGCACCAAAGAAUUGAAACACAUGGAGCGACAGAUGCUAACUUUAUACAGAUUCAUUCACUGACCCUGCUGGUGUUUGCCAGUAACCGUGGUGAUAUUGUCAGUAGCCCUCAGACCUCUACUGUGUAUCGCUGGGACUCGACAGCACAGACGUUCUUCAGACACACAGACAUACAGACAAACCGAGUCAAUAAAAUCUCUCCUUUCUUUGGCACAGAUCAGACAGGAUAUUUGGCAGUUGCUAACACGAUUGGAAAUUCUGCCAUCUAUGCCUGGGACAUUCAGAAUCAAAGAUUUGACUCUGUCUGGACUGGUCCCCCCGCGAUACAGCUGUACCCCGUUAUCGUUACUCAGUCAGUGGGGUCCUUUGUCAUGAUGCCCAGGGUAGAGGCAGACCCCAAGGCCAACUGUACGAUAUACCACCUUAUCAAGGUCACCAACAGCGAUUUCUCACCAAGAUUAAUAACCUUGACCUUUGAACCAGGUCAGAGAAUGAUUAGCACCAGUGUGGAAAUUCUUGAGGAUUUUGUGCCAGAAAACACUGAGACCUUCUUUGUCACACUCACCAACCCGACCGGGGGUGCCACCAUAGGACCGAAAAAUAAAAUCACAGUCAAUAUACUCUCCAAUGACAAUGCUCAUGGAAUUAUAGAGUUUGCAGAGGAUUCAAGGGAGUUAACUGUACAAGAACUGGACCAUAAGGACAGUGUUAUACAGCUUAAUGUGGUCAGACAGCAGGGGUUCUUUGGCCGGGUUGUGGUGGCAUGGUCAGCAUCUGGUGACCAGAGUGGGUUGAGUGAUAUCACUCCACUUUCUGGGCAGGUGGAGUUUGCCAAUAAACAGUCUGUGGCCACGAUAUCCUUGACAAUUCUUAACGAUAACCUGGCAGAACUUCCAGAGGUCACUUACAUCAGGCUGGUCAAGGUCACUGAGUCGGGGUCAAUGCUGGAUGGCAAAGGGGCACAACUUGGACCAAACAAUGUGGCUAAAGUGAUUGUUCAGGCCAAUGACUCGCCAUACGGAGUGGUGCUGUGGGAAAAACAAAGUCUGACUGUGGAUGAACCAGAGGGAUCCGACCAAUCACAGACUCUGUACAUCAUCAGAGAGCAGGGCAUGAUGGGAGAUCUUCAAGUCCUCUACCAAACAGCUCCAGACUUUGGGGUGUCUGUAGACAACCAGGCUAUUUCUGGCCUGGACUUCGUCAGUCAGAAAGCCAUAGCAGUUCUACAAGAGAAUGUCACAAAGGUGGCUGUCACUGUUGUUAUCAAACAGGAUGAUUUCCCUGAAGCAGAGGAGUCCUUCCUGUUAAACAUUACUGAGGUGAAGGUUAUGGGGAUAACUCCCCCUCCUGGUGCAGAACCUAGUGUCAAAGUUCCAGGAAACAUUCUCAGAGUCAGCAUCACGGAAAAUGAUGGCAUCAGGGGAAUAGUGCAGUUUAAUGUCACCACGAACAUUGAGGGUAGAAUUGAUACAUAUGAAGAAUAUGGACAAAACAGCACUGUAAAGCUGAGGGUCAGUCGCAGUGUUGGUUUCCUUGGAGAUGUGACCUUGACCUGGCAGGCGGAGCCAAGGGAGGCAAGCAUCCUUGAUUUUUGGCCAUCCAGUGGUACAGUUAGUUUAAAGAAUGAGGAGGCACAUACUGAUAUCAUCAUUUAUAUUUUGGAUGACACAAUAAAUGAACCCAUGGAGACAUUUGAUGUGAAGCUGUUGAGUGUUAGCAGUGGUUUAUCACAAUUAGGAUCCAUGACAUCAGUAAGGAUAGCCAUUUUAAAAAACGAUUCUCCAACCGGACUGUUCCAAUUUUCACAGCCUGAGGUGAGAGUGAAGGAGUCAGCUAGUCCCUCUGAUCCGGAAGGGGAGACCACUCUUACUGUGGAGCGGAUACAGGGAAGUGAUGGGGUCGUCAAUGUACAAUGGAGACUCAAUGCUGAAGCCUUUAAUGACUUUCUGGAACCAAGAGCUGGAAAAUUGCAGUUUGCUCAUGGAGAGAAGACAAAGACUAUAACCUUAAGAACCAAACAGGAUUCUACACUAGAAGGCGAGGAGAGAUUCCGAGUGUCUUUGAUCUCAGCUGACAACAGUGCUGACAUAUCCCCCACACUGGGAGACAGCACGGUUGUAAUAGAGGCAGACCCAGGGGCCAGGGGCACCAUCAGUAUCCUUCCAGAGUACAGAACUGUGUACAUUGGGGAGCCCUUAGAAUCCAGUCCAUCUUAUGAUGGUCAGGUCAAGGUCGCGAUCACCCGUGGCCUUGGUAUCUAUGGCAGUGUCAGUGUGACUUGGUCUUUGAUCCCCAGAGCCACCACAGCUUUCCAUCAAGUAGAGGGAAUAGUUAGCAUGGCUGACCUUCAACAAACCACAUUUAUCACACUACAGGCUAUUGAUGACACGGUUCCUGAGAAGAGAACCACAUACACACUCCACUUGACGUCUGCCACAGGAGGAGCCACUGUCUCUCCCGAUCCAUCUGCCAUCAUGGCCAGUGUUGUCUUCGUUGCCAGUGACUACCCACACGGAAGAUUCCAGUUUAAUGUCCCCCAGCUUACCGCCAUCACAGAAGACAUAAGUCAGGUGACCAUUUCUGUAACCAGGACAGAAGGAACUGACAAUCAGGUGUUGGUCAGUUAUACCACCACACAGGGAACUGCCCAGGGUUACACGGAUUUUUACCCAGCAACCAACACCUUGACCUUCCAGCAGGGUCAGACGAUACGGACCAUUGAUAUACGGAUUAUACAGGAUGAUCUUCCCGAGGGGCCCGAGGAAUUCUAUGUAAAUCUGACGUCUGCUAGACUGGUGAACCCUGGCAAAAACAACUAUAGUGAGGUGGGUGGUCUCCAGCUUGACAUGAGGCCAGGUCUGGGAGAGCUGGAUGUAAAGACCAUUCUGAUAGACAAGAAUGACAAUGCUGAGGGCACAAUACAGUUUGAUGUGGAAGGAGGCAACCUCAGGGUACCUGAGGAGUCAGGUGUAGCUCAGAUCCCACUGAGAAGAGAAGGAGGGAACUACGGAGACAUAGAAAUAAUGUACUCUGUACACAACAUCACUGCAGAACAGGGAGUGGACUAUGUUGUCAGUGGUAACAAGGUUACCAUGGCAAAUGGCAGUAGGAACACCACCAUUGAUAUCACCAUAAGGGAUGAUUCAGACAUGGAGUUUGAGGAGACAUUUGAAGUUAGACUGCUCUCUGUGUUAGGUGGAGCCAGGUUAGGAAACCCAAACAAAACACUGGUAACCAUUCUCAAGUCAGAUUUUCCCAAUGGAAACUUUGGAUUCAAGUCUCCCCUGAAGUUUAGAUUUCCAAAUCCAGAGAGACUGAUUCAGCAGACUGUAACCAUAGAGAGAAAAGGGGGACUAGAGGGGCAACAGACCGUGUACUGGAGAAUUAUGGGCCCAAAUAACCCUCUGCAAGUCUUAGAAGCAACCAAUGACAUCAGUAUGGUGUCUGGAAAUCGAGAGGUCACCUCGGGGUCACUGGUGUGGAGAAGUGGAGAGAAUGUGGAGAAGUCUUUUGUUCUGGAUCUGAAGCCCUUCUCCUCCUGGGAGGUGGAGAAAUCCUUUGUGGUGGAGAUAUAUAACGUACAGGGAAGUCCCCCAGGAACAGGAAACGGAGAAAUCAGCACCUCCGCCGGAAAGAUAACUAUUAUAAUAGAUAAAUUUGGCCAUCCUAAUGGGAUAGUGAGAUUUGAGGGCCAAGCUCAGUCCGUGAGGACUGUGGAGGAACCAGAAGGGAUCGCUCCUCUGGAACUCAUGUUCCCUAUCAGUAGGAGGUUUGGUACGGGGACUACGGGUAGUAUUCAGAUAAAAUGGACAAUAGAGGGUAGUUAUGAUGAGAAAGCUCUGGAUUUUCAGCCACGGAAUGGUACACUGCUGAUGGCAGAUGGACAGAGGGACUCCUCUAUUGUUAUACAGGUGCUCCCUGACACGAUCCCAGAACUGACUGAAACAUUCUCAUUGGUCCUCCAGUCUACAGUGGGAGGGGCCGAAAUUGAUACACAGUUCAAUUCUUCUUCAUUUAAAAUUUUGUUCAAUGACUACCCCCAUGGAUUGUUUGGAGUCCAGCAGUCCCUGCAGUCUCUGUAUGUAAAACCGGCAGAUCUAAACCGCUUUGUUAAACUGAAUAUCACCAGAUACUAUGGGACCUUUGGUGCAGUCAUAGUGACCUUUGUCAUUAAAUAUGAUCAGCCACUGUCAGGAGUCAUACUAAGCAGGAGUUCAGGAACGGUGGAAUUUACAGAAGGGACAUCCAUGAUGACACAGGACGUUCUGAUUGGUGGAGACGGAUUUCUGGAAAUAGACACGACCUUCACAAUAACCUUGACACAAGUCCAGUUUCUAGGAGCUGGGGUGACAGAUCCUCCAAACUUUAAGGCUGGGGAAACAGAGACAAAGGUUAAGGUGCCUGCCUUGGCUGCUAACAGUGAGGUUGGCUUCACAGACAAUCUGGCCAGUAUAGAUGAAGAGUCGGGUACGGCCACUUUGGUUCUUACUCGCAACGGUCUUUAUGGAACAAUUCAUGUCCCAUGGACAAGUGGCUUUCCCUCUGGUGGAAAACCUGAAUUUUUUACUGAAGGGCAGAUAACUCCACCUUCUGGAUCUCUGACAAUACAGCAUGGAAUAAAGAGCAAAAAUUUCACUAUCUCUGUUGUUGCAGUACUGAAUAAAACAGAGUUGUUUGCCCUUCAUUUGACAAAAGCGCCCUCUACGACAGCCCGAGGAGGAGCUAGACUCUCCCCCAGUAGCAGCAUUAUCAGACUGGAGCCUCAUGGAGUUAUCCGAUUCGCUCCCAAUUCUACGCAUCCUCCCAGUGUCUCUGAAAUGGAGAAGACAAUUAGUUUAAUGGUCCAAAGACUGUAUGGUUCAGAGGGAAAAAUAGAGAUUACAUACAGGUCAGUAGGGGUCAGUGCACAGAGAGGUGUAGAUUUUAUCACCACAGAAACCAAUGCCAUCGUGCUGGACCCAGGAGUGACUUCAGGACUGAUUACUAUACAGGUUCGUCAAGACAAUAUACCAGAAGAGGAGGAGAUGUUCACAGUAAACCUCACACACGUAGAAAAGUACCCCACAGAAAUAGUCCCAAAAAUCUCACCAAGGUUAAGUUUUGUGGCCUCCAGUUCUGUUGUCAAAAUUAAAGAGAGCAAUGAUGCCUAUGGAGUAUUGAAUCUGGCGCCAUCAUCAGUUGUUAUUGAUGAGGAAAACCGACGGGUCAACUUCACUAUACAGAGAACAGGUGGUUUAUAUGGGACGAUCAGUGUCCUUGUGAGGACAGUGGGAGGGGGGGAGCCCUGGACCUCCCAGAUUGUCCCGGAACCCAACCCCACCUCCAACGAUACCAUCACCCAGAUCCUCGGGGCCAGGGAUGGGGUAAAUGCUGCUACUGCUGUCAGGGACUAUGAGAUAUUGGACACUAGGGUCGAGUUCAAGCAAGAUGAGAGGGAGAAGUAUGUCUCAGUUGAGAUAUUGUCAGACACGCUUCCUGAGCCAGAUGAGACAGUCAUUGUAUAUCUCGCUCAACCAACAGGUGAUGCCAGGAUAGCCAAAGGGGCACCAGACGGGGGCAAAAAAGGAUUUUCUGUGAUUACUAUAAAACAAAAUGACUUAUCCAAUGGCAUCAUAGGAUUUGCACAGAGUUCAAAGGUCAUCACAGUAAAUGAGGACACUUCACCAGCAUUUUCUCUGACACUGUUUAGAAGUGAUGCAAAGUACGGAGACGUGGUGGUCUCCUGGAAGACCAAGCUGUCUGUGAGCAGUACUGAGGCCCAGGAUGCUGUCCUAGGUAGCCAGUUACAGCUGACCGCAGGGACCACGAUCUGUCCUGCCCUGGAAGACACCUGUCAGCUCAACAUUACCCUGAUCAAUGAUGAGAAACCAGAGGAAGCUGAUGAGUUUAUUGUGAUGCUGACAGACGUGAGAAAUGAUGCUCGUCUUGAUGAGCAGAAUGUCGUAGCCAGGGUGUUAGUGGAAGAAAGCGACCAUGUUAGAGGACUUAUCCAGUUUAGCAAAGAGUCACGAAUUGUGGUGAUUGGCAAAAGUGAGAGAAAUGUUCGCCUGAAAGUGGAGCGGUUAAAGGGGCGUGGUUACCGUGUACAGGUUGGUUAUCAGACCCUGAUGAUGGACAGCCAGGAAUCCCUGUAUGGGAUCAGGAUUACUCCCGCCCUGGAGAACGAGGAUUACCAGAGCAACACGGGGACCCUCGUGUUUGAAGAGAACAGACAGGAACUACAGUAUAUAGACAUCAGUAUGACCCCUGUCACGGCCUCCAGUAACCCACUUCCUAAACAGUUCUUUGUUCAGCUUAAAGCCCCAACAGCAGGAGCCAGUCUUCAUCCAGACACAUCCUUUAACAGAGCAAUCAUCAGGAUUGUGGAGGACUCGACAAAGUCAAUAUGGGCGACUGUAAUGGACAGUGGAUCUCUAAGCAAUGACACCAACCUUCUUACAACUCUGAGUAAAUUGGAUGAGAUAGCUAAGACACCAGUGGACCAGACAGAGAUAAUUCUGGUGGAGAACACUCUGAGGAAUAUGAUAGAGGAGGGGCUGAGAAGAAGAUUGACAUCACAAGUUUUGAACCUGUUGUUAAAUGUGCUAUGUAACCUAAUGAACCCAAACAAGGCAGAUGCUACAAGGGGUCGACGUUCUCUAUCUGAGCUGAUGGAAAACUUGGCCUAUGCUUCACUGACAGAAGCCGCAUGUCCAAGUCCCUCACCACCAGAAAUAAACAGCCGUCAGUGUAUUUAUGCUAAAAUGUCUGCAGCCAGGUGGCCACUGCAACAAAUUUUGAGCUACAAAUAUUCUGCACAGAGACAAGACACUUUCACUGUUCCUUCAUCCAUUCCCAACCCUCCUACUCCUGUAGGCAGUGAUUGCCUUGAUAUGCAUGUCAUUGAGUAUAACAGUGAACAAUGGUUUAUGAAAUCUGAUAAAAAGGAGCUUCUAUCCAACAAGAUAAUUGCUUUUGGGAUAAAGGGAAAGUCCUCUACCUACACUGAGAUCCCAGCUCGCUUCCUUAUCCACACGCCUGAUCGUCGAAUAGCUGCCAGAACAGCACAAUGUGUUUAUUUUGAUACUUCUGUGAAUGAGUGGGUGAGCCCAAGGGGGGUAUGUUCAGUCAACAAUAAUCUGGAGGAUGGACAAGAUGACUUCGUGGACUGUUCCUGUAAACACCUGACUCACUAUGCAGUCAAAGCUAGUGCCAUAGACCCUGGAUUAGCAGGGUAUCCAACUGCCUUCUAUGUAGUUAGCUUCAUAUGCAUGCUUGCCAUGCUUCUUGCCAUCAUUGUCCACCAUGUUUUUUCUACCAUCUAUGCCAUGUUCUCAGCCAGCCUUCUCAUUCAUAUGUUGUUUGCCUGCUUUGCCACUCAGCUGUGUUACAUUGUGGCAGCCUUCACCAGUCCCUCCGAGAUCCUAGUCAACACACUGGACCAGGAUAACUACAGAUGUAUUGUGAUGGGCCUCUUCCUACAUUAUUUCUUCCUCGCUCAGUUCACGUGGAUUUUUUCACAGACUCUAAAUUUUUGGAAAAUCCUUGUAAUGAAUGAUGAACAUACAGACAGAAAAUAUGUUCUUUUCUUUAUGUUGGGUUGGGGCCUACCUUUGGCAAUUGUGGCAGUAUUCUAUGUGGUAACAUUCAUUGUAUACAGAUACCAGUAUGGAAUGCCUGUAGAUUUCAUAUAUGGAGACGUCAAUAAUAAUGGCCAGAUGUGCUUCCUGACCAAUUCCUAUGCUGCUUUGGGAGGAGUGAUUGCCCCUGUCUUGCUUAUUCUGCUGUUUGUUGCUGUGGUCUUUGUCAAGGCCUUCCAAGUGACCCCUCAAUGGCAGGCAUAUGAUGACAUAUACAGAGGCAGAUAUAAUAUCAAUGAGAUCCGUACCCUGCUGUGUUUCUGGUUUGUGAUCACAGUCACCUGGCUGUGGGGUGGACUACAUAUGGCCUAUGGUCAGCUCUGGAUGCUGGUUAUGUUUUGCAUAUUCAACAUUGUCCAGGCCUUGUUGGUAAUUGUUUUAUACACCAUACUAAGGAACCCCUGUGUACAAGAGUGCCUUGGACCACAAAAGCGAGCCUACUCCAUGUCGACUGAAAAUCUACAGCAGAAUGGUAGCCUACCAACAGAUUUCCAUCAUCAUACCUUUACAACAGAGAUAGGCAGCCUGAAGGGCUCUACUGCCUCUGUAGUUAAUGAGGAGUGGGAGAGAGAUUCUACAUUACCAUCUAAAUCUACCACAAUGAAAGUGAAAAGAACACUGCCCUCUAGUGGCAAUAUUUACGUGACACCGCCAGUGUUGGUCCGUGACGGAACAGAUGAUUUCCAGGACCUCCUACACGCAUUAAAAACACAGGAAAGCUCUAGUGAUGCAGACAGUUUGGAGUCAGAAAAGAUCUCCGAAAUCUCAAGCAAAGUAGACCGAUAUGAAAUGCGAAGGAUAUCAAUAGCAGAUACUCAUUUAUGAUAAAAGACAUACAACAUGAUAAUCAAAAGAUGAACAUAUGAUGGUCUAUUUUUCAAUGCAUGUUCAUCAAGAAAUCAUUGAUCCCAGUGAUUUAUAAAAUAUAUAG